UCUUGUCUUUCUUCUUUACAGAUUUUCUUGAUAUUAGGAUAUUUAUCAUUGUCAUCAUCGCUACCAACAAAUGAUGCUAAAAAAUUACCUAAAUUUGAAGAUAGUAGUUUACAGUCAAAAAGAGACUUAAGUCUUAGUUAUUCGGCCACAGACAUAGGUUCUAAGGAUGGAUCACGUGCAAAAACAAUUACAGUCAUAAAAAAUGUUGCUGGUAAAAAAGAGGAAGCCCUUAAAAUUGAUCCUAAGUUGCAUAAACAUGAAAACUGGGGUUCUGAAUUCCGUGAUAACUUUGAUUCGUAUGGAAUUAUACCAGAUGUACCUGAUAUUGAUGAUCUAUUUGAAUUUGUAAACAAAAAAAAGGAAGAAAAAAAACCUAAGGAAAAAGAUAGCCCUGAAGCUAAGGAGCCUAAAGGAAAGGAUAAAAAACCAAACAAAGGUAAGGAAGAACCACCCAAAGAAACCAAAAAAGAAGAACCAACCCCAUCACCUCCUCCAGUAGAAGAAGUCACUGAGGAGGUCAAGGAUGAAAAAGUUGAAAAAAUUGCUGGAGAUGCUGAGUUACUUAUGCCUCCAGGCAAGCAAGGAAAAGUUAAAUCCCAAUCACUAGAUAUGGGUAGAUACAGCGUUCGCGAAAAUUUUAAUGAUGACAACUAUGCAGCUCCACAACAUUCAGGUCAGCAACAAUUCUCUCAGACCGAAAAGAAAAGUGAGAAAUUCAUUCUACCGCCUGCAGGUCCUUACAACUAUCCGGAACCGAGUCUUAAAGGGUAUGUUCCGCCAAAUGGUAAUCCAGCACAACCACAAGCGCAAGCAGAUGUCCCUCGAGGAAGUAUUAUUGUGACAACACCCUCUGGCAAAUCAUUUGACUCUCCAAUCGAAAACUCAACAUCUAAUACUCCUUAUCUUGCGCCGAACUUUAGACGAAACCAAAACUCAGUCCCCAAUCAGCAAUUUCCAUCAAGUUCUCAGCGGCCGUAUGUUGCUCCCAACGUCCGCAAACCAUAUGAAGUGACGAUUAAUAACAGCAGUCCACCACCAGAUUGUGCUCAACCACCAGGUGUAUUCAAUAAUAGAGCGCCAAUUACUUUCAAUGGCUAUAGAAAUGUUGUACCUAACAUUAGACCAGAUGUCUUCAGAGGCUACAGACCACGAUCAAGAGGUCUGCGGUUCUACUAAUCAUAUAAUUUUAAAUGAAGCAUUUAGCCUAUAUUAUAAUAGUACUUAAAAUUAUUAUGUGAAUAAAAUAAAUAAAUCAA